UGACCAGAAGUCAUACUUCUGAUUUGUCCUUCAAGAUGGUGCUUUUGGCAUAAGGAAGUUGAAGGGCAUGCUACCCUGUGGCUACAGAGGGGACACUGGAGGAACUUGGCUGAGGGAGACCCAGAGAUGGAGUGCAGAGAAGUCCCCAGCUCAAGUUCUGCUUUGGGUUCCCCCAGCAGCUGUUUGGAGUAUUGUUCUUCUUUCCUGAGUGUCUGGAUCUGUGGCCACCUGGGGCAGGUGCUAUCAUGUCAUGGUUUAGUGGCCUCCUGGUUCCCAAAGUGGAUGAACGGAAGACAGCAAGGGGAGAACGCAACGGGCAGAAGCGCCCACGCCAUGGGACUCGGGCCGGUGGCUUCUGCACACCCCGCUACAUGAGCUGUCUGAAGGAUGCAGAGCCACCCAGCCCCACUCCUGCGGCUCACACUCGGUGCCCCUGGCAGGAUGAGGCCUUCCUCAGGAGGGCUGGCCCAGGCAGGGGCAUGGAGCUGGGGCUGCGGUCAGUGGCCUUGGGUUUUGAUGACACUGAGGUGACAACACCAGUGGGGACAGCUGAAGUGGCACCUGAUACAUCGCCUAGGAGCAGUCACUCCUGCUGGCACCGUCUGGUGCAGGUUUUCCAGUCUAAGCAGUUCCGCUCUGCCAAGCUGGAGCGUCUGUACCAGCGGUACUUCUUCCAGAUGAACCAGAGCAGCCUCACGCUCCUCAUGGCGGUGCUCGUGUUACUCACAGCUGUGCUCUUGGCUUUCCACGCUGCACCUGCCCCGCCUCAGCCUGCUUAUGUGGCCCUGCUGACCUGUGCCGCCACCCUGUUUGUGGCACUCAUGAUACUGUGUAACCGACACAGCUUUCGCCAGGACUCCAUGUGGGUGGUGAGCUAUGUGGUUCUGGGCAUCCUAGCAGCUGUGCAAGUCGGGGGUGCCCUGGCAGCCAACCCACGCAGCCCCUCAGCAGGCCUUUGGUGCCCUGUGUUCUUUGUCUACAUCACCUACACGCUUCUUCCCAUCCGCAUGCGAGCCGCAGUGCUCAGUGGCCUGGGCCUUUCCGCCUUGCAUUUGAUUUUGGCCUGGCAGCUCAACCGUGAUGACCCCUUCCUCUGGAAUCAGCUCGGUGCUAAUGUGGUGCUCUUUCUCUGCACCAAUGUCAUCGGCAUCUGCACACACUACCCUGCUGAAGUGUCUCAGCGCCAAGCCUUUCAGGAGACCCGAGGUUACAUCCAGGCCCGGUUGCACUUGCAGCAUGAGAAUCGCCAGCAGGAACGGCUGCUGCUAUCGGUGUUGCCCCAGCAUGUUGCCAUGGAGAUGAAAGAAGACAUCAACACAAAAAAAGAAGACAUGAUGUUCCAUAAGAUCUACAUCCAGAAGCAUGAUAAUGUCAGCAUCCUAUUUGCGGACAUCGAGGGCUUCACCAGCCUGGCCUCCCAGUGCACUGCGCAGGAACUGGUCAUGACCUUGAAUGAGCUCUUUGCCCGGUUUGACAAGCUGGCUGCGGAGAACCACUGUCUGAGGAUCAAGAUCCUAGGGGACUGUUACUACUGUGUGUCGGGGCUGCCCGAGGCCCGGGCAGACCACGCCCACUGCUGUGUGGAGAUGGGAGUGGACAUGAUCGAGGCCAUCUCGCUGGUGCGUGAAGUGACAGGUGUAAAUGUAAACAUGCGUGUGGGCAUCCACAGUGGACGCGUGCACUGCGGUGUCCUUGGCCUGCGGAAAUGGCAGUUUGAUGUAUGGUCCAACGAUGUGACCCUGGCCAACCACAUGGAGGCUGGGGGCCGAGCUGGUCGCAUCCACAUCACUCGGGCCACACUGCAGUACCUGAAUGGGGACUAUGAGGUGGAACCAGGCCGUGGUGGUGAGCGCAACGCGUACCUCAAGGAGCAGUGUAUCGAGACCUUCCUCAUCCUGGGCGCCAGCCAGAAACGGAAAGAGGAGAAAGCUAUGCUGGCCAAGCUGCAGCGGACACGGGCCAACUCCAUGGAAGGACUGAUGCCACGCUGGGCGCCUGACCGUGCUUUCUCCCGGACCAAGGACUCUAAGGCAUUCCGCCAGAUGGGCAUUGACGAUUCUAGCAAAGACAACCGUGGUGCCCAAGAUGCUCUGAACCCUGAAGAUGAGGUGGACGAGUUCCUGGGCCGUGCCAUUGAUGCCCGUAGCAUCGACCAACUGCGUAAGGACCACGUGCGCCGGUUCCUGCUCACCUUCCAGAGACAGGAUCUUGAGAAGAAGUAUUCACGGAAAGUAGAUCCUCGCUUUGGAGCCUAUGUCGCCUGUGCCUUUUUGGUUUUUUGCUUCAUUUGUUUCAUCCAGCUCCUCAUAUUUCCACACUCAACCAUGAUGCUUGGGAUCUAUGUCAGUAUCUUCCUGCUGUUGCUGGUCACUGUGCUGAUCUGUGCUGUGUGCUCCUGUGGUUCUCUCUUCCCCAAGGCCUUGCAACGUCUGUCCCGCAGUAUUGUCCGCUCACGAGCACACAGCACAGCAGUUGGCACCUUUUCAGUUCUGCUUGUGUUCAUCUCUGCCAUUGCCAACAUGUUCACCUGUAAUCACACCCCAAUAAGGACCUGCGCAGCCCGCAUGCUGAAUUUAACACCAGCUGAUGUCACUGCCUGCCACCUGCAACAGCUCAAUUACUCUCUGGGACUGGAUGCUCCCCUGUGUGAGGGCGCCGCACCCACCUGCAGCUUCCCUGAGUACUUCGUCGGGAAUGUGCUGCUGAGUCUUUUGGCCAGCUCUGUCUUCCUGCAUAUCAGCAGCAUCGGCAAGCUGGCUAUGACCUUUGUCUUGGGGUUCAUCUAUUUGGUGCUGCUUUUGCUGGGUCCCCCGGCCACCAUCUUUGACAACUAUGAUCUACUGCUUGGUGUCCAUGGCUUGGCUUCCUCCAAUGAGACCUUUGAUGGGCUGAACUGCCCAGCUGUAGGGAGGGUGGCACUCAAAUAUAUGACCCCUGUGAUUCUGCUGGUCUUUGCCCUGGCACUGUAUCUACAUGCACAGCAGGUGGAAUCAACUGCCCGCCUGGACUUCCUCUGGAAACUGCAGGCAACAGGGGAGAAGGAAGAGAUGGAGGAGCUCCAGGCAUACAACCGACGGUUGCUGCAUAACAUUCUGCCCAAGGACGUGGCUGCCCACUUCCUGGCCCGAGAACGCCGCAACGAUGAGCUCUACUACCAGUCAUGUGAAUGUGUGGCUGUUAUGUUUGCCUCCAUUGCCAACUUCUCUGAAUUCUAUGUGGAACUUGAGGCAAACAAUGAGGGUGUCGAGUGCCUUCGGCUGCUCAAUGAGAUCAUCGCCGACUUUGAUGAGAUCAUCAGUGAGGAGAGAUUCCGGCAGCUGGAGAAGAUCAAGACAAUUGGCAGCACCUACAUGGCUGCCUCUGGGCUAAAUGCCAGCACCUAUGAUCAGGUGGGCCGUUCCCACAUCACUGCCCUGGCAGACUAUGCCAUGAGGCUCAUGGAGCAGAUGAAACAUAUCAACGAACACUCUUUCAACAAUUUCCAGAUGAAGAUUGGACUGAACAUGGGUCCAGUUGUGGCCGGUGUCAUUGGGGCCCGGAAGCCACAGUAUGACAUCUGGGGAAAUACAGUGAACGUCUCCAGUCGUAUGGACAGCACAGGGGUUCCUGACCGAAUACAGGUGACCACGGACCUAUACCAGGUUCUAGCUGCCAAGGGCUACCAACUGGAGUGCCGAGGGGUGGUCAAGGUGAAGGGCAAGGGGGAGAUGACCACUUACUUCCUCAAUGGGGGCCCUAGCAGUUAGCAGAAUGCAGCUGAGAUUCAGCUGAAGGGACCAAGGUGGCCAUUGAGUGGACUUUCUGCUCAAUGGGUGGAGCUGCCGCAGGGGCCACUGAGCCUCCAGAUCUCGCUGACAGCAAAAGGGGCCAUCCCAGCAGGUUGUGCUUGGACCACGUUCGUCUGCCUUCAGAAUGGCGAAGGAAGAGGGGACACCAAGAGGAUUAUCCAAGUGACUUUCUCAAUUGGGGUAGGGGCUGUUUGCUCUCCUCAUUUUUGGAAGCAGAAGAGGGGGACAGCAGGAGCCAGGUAGCCCUCUUGUAUGAGGGAGCCAAAUGGCAACUCCCUAUGCCUACUGUUUCCCUGUCUGGGCAACAGGCUCAGGGCUGGGUCAUUCCUUUCCCUGUUUUUCCGGGGACUAUUUUGUACAAAGCCUGGGGCAGGCAUGAGGAACGCCUAUUCCAUGCUUGCCUUUGCUUGACUGUGUCCUCAGCACUGGUCCUGGGCAUUCCCAGCCCCAGCCAAGUCUCCUUCCUGGGCACAAGGCAGAGGAAGGAGGUGCUGUGGGGACCUAGCUCUGACCACAUUUCAGGGGAAUGUUUCCAUUUGCCAAAUCCUAGUCCCAUGAUCUGUCCCCAAAGGGGAACAAAGGGACCUCUGAUAGCGAAGAGUUAGCCCCGGUUCCUGCACGUUCCAGGAACAGGGGUAUCUGGCCUCAUUGGUACUGUGAAAAUGACCAGCCAGAGAGCAAACCUGUGUGUGGGGACAUCAGAAGAUCAGGAACUGGAUGUUCACCUGCAGGUGCCGAAGAGUGCAGGCGGCCAGGGAGGAGGAUGGUGCCACACUGACCUGAGGCCCCAGUGUGGCUGCAGUUGGCUCCUUUGACCCAGAUCUCCCUUGCUGUCUGCUGGCAAUGGGGCAUGGAGUGUCUCUACCCCUUGUAUUGCCAAAUAGAAAAGAGUCAGGGUUCCAAAAAAGAUGACCCUGACCCCAAACCUGGCCUCCUAAGUCCGGCACUAGGGAGGGCCUGUGCAUUUGUGUAAUUGUGUGUGCAUGUUGCUUUUUGUGUGUGUAUGUUUUCUAGGUCUCUGUGUGUCCAUGUGCCCCAGCUCCUCAGAUCCCCACUCAGGGCUGCCUCUCUCCUGGGGGCCUCUGCCUUCUGUUGUCAAGACAGGGUCUCCAUCAAGGAUGGAGAGAAAUGGCCAGGUUGCACAGGAGUGGGGUGGGGUAUGGUAGCAAAAUGAAGAGUGCUCUGGGGAGAGGAGUCCUUUUUGUGCCAAAUCCCUAAGUGCCAUUUGGGGGCCACAUGUGCAGUAUGACUGUCUCCCUGCCUAGAGCAGGGGCCCAAGCACCUGCUUAGUUUCUAGUGUUCCUUGCACUUGAACUGUUGAAGGUUUGUGAGGUAGAAGCUCAGGCAUUCCCUGGGUUCCUCAGCUUGUGUCUUGGGGUGUGGUAUACUUUCUGACUGGGUAGUGUGGGGUCCCUCUGAGGACCCAUAUUUUGGUACUAGGGGAUGGAGCCUGGGAAAUUUAAACUUGGCUUUCCCAAGCCUUCAGCCUGAAUCUAGCAUGGCUAGACUCUAGUCCUGGCUCCCAAUCCUCAUGAAGCCUGCAAGGGUUGGACUCCAGUCUCUUUCUGUCCUUGCCUUCCUUUUACUCCUGCAGCCUCCUUGACUCGGCCUGAAUUAGUUGGUGCCUUGGUUUGUCUGUCUGUACCUAUUUAAGCAGGAGGCAUAUGCCUCAGUUUUGAUUGGAGACCACUUUGUCUUAGACUCUGACAAGGCAGAGAGGAAAGUUUCAUGGGGGUACCGAAGGGGCAGGCAGUAUUCUUGCCUUUCCUCAUGCCUCUGCCACCAGUUCUCUGCAGAAGCCUGGUUUCUGGCUUGGUACUGCCUUCCCAGCAAUCUCCAUGUUUCAGUUGAUGAACCAAUGGGCGCUUGAUUAUCCAAGGUGCAGAAGAGGGAAGAUUAGCUGGUCCAGACAGAAAACUUUAUCUCCCUCGCUGGAUAGGAAGGGGUGGGAGUGAAUAAGCCAGAAUGGGAAGAGCUCAGCUUUGGGUGAUCUGUCAGUUUCUUGCCAGGUGGGAGGGGCCUGUCCAUACCCUGGCUCCCUGUACCACAGUGCCAGCCAUGGCCUUCUCCCGAGUUACCGUUGCCCCUUUCCUCACCGGUUGGUGGAGGAGUUGGGGUAAUGGGAGGCCAUGGGCUUUGGUUUUAUAAUGUAACCACUGUGGGAGCGAGGGAGGGUGGUGUACCAUGUAUUUCAGUGAAAUAUUUAAUAUAUUUAAAUAUCAAUAAAAUCAAACUCUUUGUUUAAAAAAA